AUGACGCCAACACAGCCCGUCCUCGCCGCUCGUGACGACGACAGAAGCGUGUCGCCGCUGUCGCUCCUCGACUCGAAACUCUGGCCAUGCCUCUCUUUACUCUCGCUCGACUCGUCAGACGAUGAACAAUCGAUCACCAGUACCGUCAGCGACGACUCGGAUUCGACGGCCCCGUCCUCCGACACCUGUUGCGCUCCCUGCUGCACAGCCGCCGAAUCGAAACCUCCCAUCACAUCCAUCGAGCCAGAACACUUCUCGCCGCUCAUCGUGAUCGGUGCCGGACCUCACGCCCUGGCUCUCGCCGCACGGCUCAACGAACCGCGCCCCGCAGCCCUGUAUACCGACCUCGAACACGCUCGCCUGAGCUGGCUGCAACGCGAGGCGACGACGUCGGCGAGACGCCGACAGACCGUCAAGGGACAUUGGCAGGCUCGCAAGCUCGUCGAGCCGGCGUCGAGAACUCUCGCACCAGCCGCUCAGGCGAUCCAAGUCCUGGAUUCGUCUGGCGACACCUGGAUGCGCCGCUGGGACUUGUACUUCGACGGGCUCAAGAUCAAGCACCUCCGCAGCCCAAUGUUGUUCCACCCAAGCCCGGCGGACGUCGAUGCGCUUGUUGCGUAUGCGAGCAGGACGAGCAGGGAGGACGAGUUGAAGCCGAUCAAGGGAGUCGUCGGGCGCGAGUUCAGCAAGUAUCAGCGGAAGAAGAGGCCUACUCGGAUUGGCCGCGCAGCUCUCGCCAACGAGCGGGAGAGACAGGAUUACUGGCGACCUUCGACUCCGCUCUUCCACUCCUUCAUCCAAGACGACCUCGUCAACCGCUACGACGUCGCCUCGCUCGUCAUCCACACGACCGUCACCUCGCUCUCGUACGGCCCGAUACACGUGCCCGGCGAAGAACCUCAGGAAGGUUUCGUCGUUCGCUCGGUCCGACCAGAUGGGAUAGUUGAAGUACGAGGCGCCAGCGCUGUCGUCAUGGCAAUCGGGCCGUCUAGCAAACCUUUCAUCCCGCCCGUCCUUCGUAUUGCCCUUCCGCCUCCGCACCCUCCCGUCCGUCCUACCGAUGCUGCCAUACCUUGGCGAAAAGACGACGUCUGCGGCCGUGCCUGGUGUCACUCCUCGGCUUUCGCGUUGCCUGGGUGUCGCCCGCUUGACGGCGAGUUGGGCGAGAGGGUCAGGACGGGCGAGAGGACGCAUGUUGUCGUUGUGGGAGGCGGCCUCACUUCCGCCCAAAUCGUCGACUCGCUCCUCUCGCAAGGCGUCUCCUUCGUCACGCUCGUAUGCCGCUCACGCAUCAAGACCAAGCACUUUGACUUUGACCUCUCGUGGGUCAGCAAAUACGCCAACGUCGAGAAGAUGGCUUUUUGGCAGGAGGAGGAUCCGGCGUUGCGGUUCGAAAUGAUCCGGCAGGCGAGGGACGGGGGCAGCGUUAACCCGCAGUUUGCUCGGGCGCUGCAGAAGUGGGAGAAGGAGGAUCGGCUGGAGGUUAAGACCUUGACGGAGGUGACGAAGGCGGCGUUCGACGCGGAGCAGGGCAAGUGGACGCUCAAGCUGGCGACGAAGACCGCCGACCCUGUCCUCAACUCGCCGUCCGCCUCAGCAACGACGCUCAGCGACAUCGACUACCUCGUCUGUUCGACCGGCAGCAAGCUCGCCAUCGACAAGGUCGACUUCCUCCAGCCCAUCCUCGCCUCGCACCCCGUCGAAACCGUCAAUGGCCUCCCUGUCUUGACGAAGGACUUGCAGUGGCGUGCGGACGUGCCGCUCUUCGUCAUGGGCGCAUACUCGAUGCUUGAGCUCGGCCCAGAUGCUCUUAACCUCUCUGGCACCCGCGCAGGGGCCGAACGUAUUGCCCACCGCCUCGCAGAACUCGACAUGUUCGACUCUAGCGACGGGAUCUCUUCCGACUCGAAGGCCGGUAGUCAGCGAGUCGACAGCGGAGGCACGAGCUUCAGCUGGACGAAGUUUGCGGCGCAGAAGCGAGCGCGGUCAGCGGGUGAGGGGAACUUCUUCGAGGGACUGUCGGAAGCUGAGGCGUGA